AUGUUUUCAAAAGUGGACGUGAACGGCCCGGGGGCGUUGCCAUUGUUCGACUACUUGAAGAACCAAGCCCCCGGAAUCGCGGGGACUACCAAUAUCAAGUGGAACUUUACCAAGUUUCUGGUUGGUCGCGACGGGCUGCCCAUCGACCGCUUUUUCACCAACGUAAACCCCUUACAACUAGAGCGGGACAUCGUCGCUGCGUUGCAAGUGAAGACAGAGCCCACAACCGAAAUUGUGGAAGGCGAGUUCAUCUAACGGACAACACUUGUGGGAUACGGUUUUUUUUUGGGUUUUGUUUGGACGGCAUAUGUUACGAAAUUUCAUCGUUUUACUCGUCACAGUCAGUCCCAAGGAAAGAUUUGAGGCACAGUGGCGGCUGCCCAUCGUGUACCGCCAAGGACCUCCAGAGAACCUGGUUCUUCCCCAUCGUGCUAGCACGAGAAUGCAAUAACUUUCGCACUUUGUUUAGUGAAGUGACUAGGCAGGGUGGAUUCUCGCCAGAGUCGAAACUCUUGCUUGUUGCUGAUUUUUUUGAAAAUGAAAAUUAAUGUAUGUAUUGUUGCUGGGGGGGCGGCACAGAGAAGGUCGUGAUGUUUUGUGCCUGUGACUGCGACUGAAGGUGAGUCUCUCUUCCGAGAAUCAAAUCAAGGAUGGAGACGAAAAAUUGUCUGCUAAAACAAAUUGUGAAGCUAGGCGGAAAGCAAAGCUACAUUUUGGACAAAUAAAAUUAUGAGAAACUGCUCGUGGCUGGGCAACAGCGAU